CUGUCUGGUAGGCUGCAGGUACAGAAGUGGCUGGCAACAUUCUUUGUUUCCUGAAAUGCCAGGCAACGUCUUCUGUCUGCACAAAUAGGGGAAAACGUGUUCUGUGCCCACCCACGUGGUCAACGCAGAGCACAAGGAAUACGGCGUCCGCGUGUGUGUCCCCGUGUCCGCAGGAUCCAGAGAAUCGCCCAUUGAUGGGUUUUGCCCAAGCCUGGAACAGCCAGAACAGCCAGAGAGCUUCCUGAACAGAGGGCCUGCCAAAGGGAUUUUCCAAGUGCUGGAACGCCAGGCUUCGCAGCGCCUGUGGUCAGCCCAGGAGACCGCCCUUGGGAUUUGAGGAUCAGCUCCACCUGGAACCAUGCAGGGAGCGAGCCUGCCCCUUCGGAUGGCCACUCUGCUGACGGGGCUGCUGGAAUGCAUCGGCUUUGCGGGUGUCCUCUUCGGCUGGGCAUCCCUGGUGUUCAUCUUCAAAACAGAACGUUACUUUGAGAGCCUGUGUGAACCGAAUGCCACGCUCAUGGGCAACGCCACAGGGCCAGCUGACUGCAGGGCCCAGGACGAACAGUUCUCACUCAUCUUCACUGUGGCCUCUUUCAUGAACAACUUCAUGACGUUCCCCACCGGCUUCAUCUUUGACCGUUUCAAGACCACCGUGACCCGCCUCCUAGCCAUAUUUCUCUACACCAGUGCCACACUCAUCAUAGCUUUCACCUCUGCAGACUCAGCCAUGCUGCUCUUCCUGGCCAUGCCCAUGCUCACCGUUGGAGGAAUCCUGUUUCUCAUCACCAACCUGCAGGUUGGGAACCUCUUUGGCAGACACCGCUCCACCAUCAUCACCCUCUAUAACGGAGCCUUCGACUCUUCCUCAGCUGUCUUCCUUAUCAUUAAGCUCCUUUAUGAAUGGGGCGUUGACCUCAGGUCCUCCUUCAUCUUCAUCUCGGUCUGCAGUGCCUGGCAUGUUGGGCGUACUUUCCUCCUGAUGCCCCGGGGUCACAUCCCCUACCCACUGCCCCCCAACUACAGCUAUGGCCUCUGCUCUAGAGAUGGCCCCAGAGAGGAAGGGAAGACAGCAACUGAGUCCCAAAAGCUGGAGCCCCAGUCCAAGGCGUCCCUUUCACCAAAGGAAGAGAUCUCAGGACCGGGGCAGCCGCAGGAACCCCGCUCUUUCUGGAGCUGUGUUUUCUCUCGGCGCUAUUGUUGGCACCUUGUGUGGCUGUCUGUGAUACAGCUGUGGCACUACCUCUUCAUCGGCACCUUCAACUCCCUGCUGACCAUCUUGGCCCGUGGGGACCAGGCACUUGUCAGCACCUACACAAAUGCCUUUGCCAUCACUCAGUUCUUUGGAGUUCUGUGUGCCCCCUGGAAUGGGCUCCUCAUGGAUCGGCUUAAACAGAAGUACCAGGAGGAAGCAAGAAGGAAAGGUUCCCCGGCCUCCGCCUCGGUGGUGGCCUUGUCCUCGGCGGUGCCUUCGCUGGCUCUGACGUCCCUGCUGUGCCUGGGCUUCGCCCUCUGUGCCUCAGUCCCCGUCCUCCCCCUGCAGUACGUCACCUUCAUCCUGCAGGUGGUCAGCCGCUCCUUCCUCUACGGGGGCAACGCUGCCUUCCUCACCCUCGCGUUCCCUUCCGAGCACUUUGGGAAGCUUUUUGGGCUGGUGAUGGCCUUGUCGGCUGUCGUGUCUCUGCUCCAGUUCCCCAUCUUCACCCUCAGCAAAGGGCCCCUCAAGAAUGACCCAUUCUAUGUCAAUGUGAUGCUGGUGCUUCUCACUCUUCUGACGUUCGUCCACCCCUUCCUGGUAUACCGGGAGUGCCGGCGGCAAGACAGGCCCCAGGAGGUCGCCUAGUUCAGAAGCUCUCCCUUUUUAGCCCCAAGGAUGUGUAGUCUUCCUCCAGCCUUGAGGAGCCUGUAUCCAGGAAGACUUCGCUCACCCAGGUUACUUGUAUUCAGGAGCCAUUUUUCUAACUAUCCGCCAAGGCUUUCUACCAGCUCGACAAGAAGCAAAGGCAGGGAGUUCCCUGGUGGCUCAGCAGGUUAAGGAUCCGGCAUUGCCACUGCUGUGGCGCACAUCAGCCCCUGGCCAGGAACUUCCUCAUGCUGUGGAAAAAUCCAAAAAACAAAAAAGCCAUGGCAAGCAGAAGUUCUUGGUUUCAGAAUAACAACACAAGGUGGUGGCAGAUGCUUGGCCCGAGGCGCGCCGAUGUCCUGGGAAGGAGGUGUGUCCCCUGCGUCUCCAGGCCUCUUUGUCCCCAAAGCCUGUACGUGCCUGGGCCCUGUGCUGCCAGUUAAGUCUCCAGUAAAGAGUGAGGUCUUCAUGGCCUCAGCUUUGCCACCCGGCCUUCAGCAGAGGCACCCAGCUCUCCCACAGGUAGAGCAUGGAGCUGAGCCCGGGGAAGAAGAGGAGCCGGUGGGGUGCAGUGGGGGUCCCUGGGCCCCCAGGGUCCCAGCUCCACCAGAGGCGCUGGAUGACCUUGAGCCGACCCGUCUCCUCGCCGAGCAUUGGUUUUCCCAUCUGUCAAAGGAGAGGGGUUUGGAGUUGUAGCUUCUUUCUGGAGCUCAUGUUCUAGGUUUUGAAAACAGUGACAAAGAGGCCACAGGAGGGGCCUUGGAACCAGCUGACCUGCUUGAGGAAGUGUUUUGGCGAUGUUUUCCUCUUUAAGAAGGGGGAUGAUUAUUUACUUGGGCUUUAUGUAAAAAUGUCCUUUGGGGAAUAAUUUUAUAAUACAUUGAAUUAUAUAUUAAAUGAUUUUAUUAGAAAAAUAAAGCCUUUCUGCCUAAGGCAACUG